AUGGCGAACGCCAGCAUCAUGACCAGCCCGCCGGACCUCACCAAGGAAGGCAUCGAGGUGCAGAUCAGCACCAACCACGUUGGGCAAGCCCUCCUGAUCCGCAGGCUGCUGCCCCUGAUCGAGAAGACAGCCGCGCUCCCGGGCGCCAAGCCGCACGACGUCACGCUGGCCAGUCUUGGUCUCUUCAUGCCGACAUGCACCACCGAGACCGACAUCAUCAGCGACCUCCCCCCGAGGCAUAAGCUUGCCGUGUAUCUGGGCAAUAUCGGCAUGAUGCAGCGAGAUGAACAGGGCCCGUGA